AUGAGCGACGCCUCCAAGCCUUUGGCGACGAAAGAUUCGUCGCGGCAGCUUCGUACAGACGACGACAUUGAAACUGUGGAGACAACAGCUUCAAAUACAAAGAAGAAGGAAGAUAUGCGUAAUGAGAGUACAGGCAUUACUGUCGGCGACUCAGCCCAUACACUCUCGGAUGGCAAAACCAUCCACUAUUCAGCCGAGCGGAUCAUCGGCAAUGGAUCGUUUGGUGUUGUAUUUCAAGCUACAGUAGAGGAAACCGGUGAGAUUGUCGCGAUCAAGAAAGUUUUGCAAGACAAACGUUUUAAGAAUCGCGAGUUACAGAUCAUGCAACAGUUGCACCAUGUAAAUAUUGUGCAACUUAAGCACUGUUUCUAUUGCAAUGGAGACAAACCUGAUGAGUUGUAUCUAAAUCUGGUGCUUGAAUUUAUCCCGGAUACUGUCUAUGGAGUGGCGAGGCAAUUACAAAAGGCAAAACAGUACAUGCCUAUUGUACUUGUGAAACUUUAUAUUUACCAGAUCUGUCGUUCGUUGGCUUAUAUCCAUUCUACGGGCAUCUGCCAUCGUGAUAUUAAGCCACAAAAUUUGCUACUUGAUCCUCAAUCGCAUGUGGUAAAAUUGUGCGAUUUUGGAAGUGCCAAAGUAUUGCAAAAGAAUGAACCCAAUGUGUCAUACAUUUGUUCCCGUUAUUAUCGCGCUCCCGAGCUGAUUUUUGGUGCAACAGAUUAUACGACAGCAAUUGAUAUUUGGUCACUCGGUUGUGUUUGUGCCGAGUUACUUCUUGGACAGCCUUUAUUUCCAGGCGAGAGUGGUGUGGAUCAAUUGGUUGAGAUCAUAAAAGUGCUGGGUACACCACAACGUGAAGAGAUUGAAGCCAUGAACCCAAAUUACACGGAGUUUCAGUUCCCUCAGAUCAAAGCUCACUCUUGGAGCAAGAUUUUUCGCUCUCGAACGCCACCAGAAGCAAUUGACUUGCUGUCCAAAAUGCUGGUCUAUGAUCCGAAAAGACGUGUGAAGCCUUUGGAAGCCGCAGCGCAUCCAUUUUUUGACGAGCUACGACAGAAAAACCUGAAGUUGCCCAAUGAUGCACCAUCACCUGCGUUGUUUAAUUUCACCUUGCAAGAACUCUCGCAAGUAGAUAUUAGUACGCGCGAGCUUUUAGUACCGGAACAUGAACGAAACUCGACAAAUUGGCCUGUCUUAGAAGACGGCACGUGGCCAGAUGCUGCAACUCUUGAGACGUCUUAA